AUUUUAGCCUUCAGCCGGUGCUUUGGAGACCACGGAAAUUUUUAUUGUUUUGAACCCCACUUGAAUGAAUUAAAGCGAUGCUCUGCGAAUUUCGGACUUUUCAGUAAGAAUCUUCAGACAGUUCAGACAGAGCGAUGUCCGGUCGAGACUACAACAGGCACAGGUCAAAGUUCUCAGCAGGAUCGACGGCGCCGCGGAGCCGCAGCAGGUCGCGCUCCCCCCUGAGCGAGGAGCGAAAGGGGGCUGCGGAGGGCGAGGGGCCCAGGGCCAGGCCCAGCAUUAUGGUCGGCAAUAAGACUAAGUCGCAAGCCGGCAUCCAGAUGAAGCUGCAGCAGGCCGGACCUCAAGCGAGCAAGGCCGCCCCUGCGACCCCGAAGCCCAAGGCCAGCCUAGUGGCGUCAGUAUUUAACGAGGACAGUGAUUCCGAGCCUGAGGAAAUGCCGCCAGAGGCCCGGAUGCGCAUGAAGAACAUCGGCAGGGACACGCCGACGUCGUCCGGCCCGAAUUCAUUUGGUAAAACAAAGCAAGGUUUCUGCGACCCUAGUAAGCUGUAUGAAAUGUCAGUAAAAAAGCUGCAACAAGAGUCUCCUGGCGGCAACUCUUGAAACGCCUCUCUCUCUCUCUGCUGUACAAAUAAUCGUGUGCAAGUCAUUUAAUUCACUGUGACUACUUUUUAUUAUACUUUUGGUGUGUACACUGAUUGAUAUACAAGAAGUAAUAAUUGUAAAUUUGAAAUUAAUGAAUAAUGAUUGUCUACCCAGUAUAAUCCAAUAAAAGUCUGUGCAGCAAAGCUGCUAAAUAUUAAAAA